AUAAUGAAAUAGUCAAAUAUUGCCACUUGCCACCACGACGAGCACACCAUUACCGCCAAAGUUAUGUAUAUAAUAUAAUUACAGUUAGCUCAAUACUAACCACCAUAAUGAAAUAGUCAUUAUAUGAUCACCACGAGCUCACCAUUACCCACCAUAAUUGUAUAUAGAGAUACAAAUAUUUAUGAUAAGACCAUGCACCAUAGUCUUGAAGCAGACAAUGGAGCUUCUUCCUUUAUUUGCAGCGAUACAAAGAACACCACGAGUUGCACUUACAUUAUCAUUUGUUCUAUUUACCCUCACAAUAGUCCCUGCCUUAUAUUCUCUCCUAGCCAAUCCAACCUUACCUCUACUGAUCUCAUCAUCCGAGACUGAUGGCCCCUUUCCAUCGGAUCAUGUGCAUCUCAGUCCUCUGAAUUCUCCAUCUUUUCGGACUCUUUCACCUGUGAAUAGUCCCAUUCCUGCUCCACCAUAUCAUACAAGACAUCAGAAGUCUUCAUUCAAUUCAUCCCCAGUCACAACGUCAACAUUAAGGACGCAGAUCAGAGAUGAUGAGCAGAGGUGUGAUCUUUUCAAAGGGGAAUGGAUACCAAACGAAGAAUCACCAUACUAUAACAACGCGACUUGCUGGGCGAUACAGGAGCACCAGAACUGCAUGAAGUUCGGGAGACCGGACACCGGGUUCAUGAGAUGGAGGUGGAAGCCGGACGGCUGCGACCUCCCCAUCUUUGAUCCUAAUGAGUUUUUAGAAAUGGUUAGAGGCAAAUCCAUGGGGUUUGUUGGUGAUUCCAUUAGCAGAAACCAAGUCCAGUCUCUCUUGUGCCUUCUCUCUAGGGUGGAAUAUCCUGAAGACAUUUCUUCUUCACCAGAUAUAGCUUUCAAAGUAUGGAACUACACAUCCUAUAACUUCAUUCUACAUGUCAUGUGGUCACCGUAUCUAGUGAAGACUACUAAACCUGACCCUACAGACGCCAAGUCCAACUUCUUUAGUCUAUACCUCGACCAGUAUGACACCAAGUGGACGAGUCAGAUCAACCAGCUUGACUACCUGAUUAUAUCAUCAGGCCACUGGUUUUACCGGCCUCUUAUUUUCUACGAAAACGAAAAACUCUCCGGAUGCCAAUACUGUUCGUUACCAAACACAACUGAGUUGCCUUUGCACUAUGGAUACACGAAGGCUUUAAGAACAUCUCUAAGAGCUAUACUCGAGAAUUUCACUGGUUUGGCAAUUUUGAGGAGUUUUUCUCCUCAGCAUUUUGAAGGUGGGCCGUGGAACAAGGGAGGGGACUGUGCAAGGACACGACCAUACAGAAGAAACGAGACGAUACCCGAAGUUUCAGAUCUCAAGAUUCACGACAUUCAACUGGAGGAAUUUAGAGCUGCAGAAGAAGAGAUGGAGAAGAAGAUGGGUUUGAGACUGAGGCUGAUGAACACGACGCAAGCAAUGCUACUUCGACCAGAUGGGCAUCCUGGGAGAUAUGGCCAUCUCCAGACUGAAGAGGUGAGUUCAAGAAAUGAUUGUAUCCAUUGGUGCCUGCCUGGACCGAUUGAUACUUGGAACGAUAUUUUGCUGCAAAUGAUGAAGACAGAAAAAUAAAAACCAU